AUGGAUCACGAGCCCCCAACGAAGCGGCGGCGCUUCUUUGCGGAUCCCGAAGACGAUACAGGCAGUCACCUCUCGAGCCCGGUGCUGCCCACGCCUCCCACCCAUCAGAAGACUCGAUUCUUUCAGAGCCCGCCCAACGCUGGGUCAUCGCAGAUCAAGAGCGAAGAGGCUCCGGCAUUCCCUUCCUCGCCGAUACCCGCUCGUGGGCCCCUCGUGGAGCAGUCCAUCCAAGAUGCAUCAAAUCGGUCUGCCCCUCUCGAGUCCAAUCGGGAGGAGCCUGCCGUCUCUUUCGACCAGGACAUGUUCGAGAGCUUCGUCGGCGCCAAGGUGGCGAAGGAGACGAUGAGCAUCAUUCGUGAGAACUGCGGCGAUAACCUCGAAAGAGCCGUCAACAUGUACUUCGACGGCACCUGGAAGGAUUUCAAGAAGAAGAACCCCUCCAUCAACGCCUUUGUUCGACCACCACCCGCCGACAUGUCGUCAACGCCCGAGCCAACGCCCAAAGACUCGCCAAGGCCCGUCACCCGCCGCUCCAUGCCCGAAUCACGCUAUGUGGGCGCCUUCGGCGUCGAGGGUUGGGCCACGAGGAGCGGUACUAACCUGCUGAAGCACGGCGACGUGGUCAAGAUUGAGCGGAAGAAGAUGCAGCUGCCGAAAGCCCCUCGCUCCGCCAAAGGGGCCGCCACCGUGCACAAGCUCAGCGCCGCGGCCGUCGCCAAGCGAGAUGACACCAUUGUGCGGUUCACCACGAGCAGCGGCACCGAGAUUGGAAGGCUCGUCAAGGACACGGCAAGCUGGGUGUCCACCCUGAUCGACCAGCGCGCGUGCAAGUUUGAGGGCACCGUCGUCUACGCCCCGGACACGCUGCGGACCAACGAUACCAUCUUCAUCCAGCUGCGGUGCUCGCUUCUCGCCACUGCCUUCCACAGCAGGGCCUUUCAACUAGAGGACAACAACAGGUCGACGGCCUUCUUCGACCAGGGGGAGUCGAUGGAGGAAAAAGACCUUCGCAUGCGCCAAGUUGCCUUGGUGCGCCUCUUUCAAGAGGUGAACCUCGAUCCUAUACAGUCCAAUGCCGCAUCUUCGAAGCAGAAACGACAGGAACUAUUGCAGGCUGCGGAAAUGGAGGAAAAGAAAGAGAAGGAGACGGCAAAGGCCACGGCUGCGGCAACCGCAAAGGACCAGGGCUCGUCGCCACAGUCCGACGAAGAGGAGGGCGAAGAGCUUGAGCAGGACCAGCUCGACACCCUGUACAAGAAGGCCCAAUCCUUUGAUUUCAACACACCAGAAGCGGAGCCUGCGGACACGUUUGCCAUGAGCCUUCGCCCGUACCAGAAACAGGCGCUGCACUGGAUGAUAUCCAAGGAAAAGGACCUCAAGAGCAACCGCGAGCCAAGCAUGCACCCUCUGUGGGAAGAAUAUGCGUGGCCAACCAAAGACUUUGACGACAAGGAUCUGCCCCAGGUCGAGGGACAGCCCAACUUUUACGUCAACCCUUACUCGGGCGACCUUUCGCUUGACUUUCCCACACAGGAGCAGCAUUGCCUGGGUGGCAUCCUCGCCGAUGAGAUGGGUCUCGGCAAGACGAUCCAGAUGCUGUCGUUGGUCCAUACGCACCGCUCCGAGGUUUCUCUCAAGGCCAAGGCUCCGAAGACGAACCUCGAGUCGAUGAUUGAUCUGCCGCGUCUGACGUCGAGCGCAAACAACGUGCUGCAGGCUCCGUGCACUACGCUGGUCGUGGCUCCCAUGUCGCUGCUGGCACAGUGGCAGAGCGAGGCCGAGAAGGCGUCCAAGGAGGGAUCUCUGAAGACUCUCAUGUACUACGGGGCCGACAAGGCAAACAGCAACCUGCAGGCUCUGUGUUGCGAAGCCAGCGCUGCCUCAGCGCCCGAUGUCGUCAUCACCAGCUACGGUGUCAUCUUGUCAGAGUUCACCCAGCUUGCGAACAAGAAAGGCGACAGGGCGUAUCACAAUGGCAUUUUCUCUCUCAACUUCUUCCGCGUGAUUCUGGAUGAGGGCCACAACAUCAAGAACCGCCAGUCCAAGACGGCCAAGGCCUGCUAUGAAAUUGCGGCCGAGCAUCGAUGGGUGUUGACCGGCACGCCCAUCGUCAACAGGCUGGAGGACCUGUUCAGUCUCGUGCGUUUCCUACGCGUGGAGCCAUGGAACAACUUCUCCUUCUGGCGCACCUUUAUCACGGUGCCCUUCGAGUCGAAGAACUUCAUGCGGGCGCUCGACGUUGUUCAGACUGUUUUAGAGCCACUGGUGUUGCGACGGACAAAGGACAUGAAGACGCCCAACGGCGAUCCGCUUGUGCCCCUACCGCCGAAGAAGGUCGAAAUCGUCGGUGUCAAGCUCGGCGAGGCGGAGCGCGGCAUUUACGACUACAUUUUCCUGCGCGCCAAGCAGGCCUUUUCAAAGAACAUGGAGGCAGGCACCGUCAUGAAGUCGUUCACCAGCAUCUUUGCCCAGAUCCUGCGGCUGCGGCAGAGCUGCUGCCACCCGAUUCUUGUCCGCAACAAGGAUGUCGUUGCCGACGAGGAAGAGGCUGGCGCGGCGGCGGAUCUGGCGGCGGGCCUUGCUGAUGACAUGGAUCUCAAUGUCCUCAUCGAGCACUUCUCUGCCGACACGUCAGAAACGGAGACGAAUCCCAAUGCCUUCGGUGCACACGUCCUCGGCCAGAUUCGCGAUGAAGAAGCGAGCGAGUGCCCGAUCUGUUCGGAGGAGCCCAUGAUUGAGCAGACGGUGACCGGGGGCUGUUGGCACUCGGCCUGCAAGAAGUGUCUGUUGGACUAUAUGAAGCAUCAGACAGACCGCCACAAGGUCCCGACGUGCCCGAAUUGCCGAGCCGAGAUCAACUACCGCGACCUCUUCGAAGUGGUGCGUGACGACAGCGACCUCGACAUGUUCCAGAAGCCCCGGAUCAGCCUGCAGCGCGUGGGCAAGAACAGCUCGUCCGCCAAGGUGGUCGCGUUGAUCAGCGCCCUCCGUGAACUGAGGCGCGAGCAUCCCCGCAUGAAAUCGGUCGUGUUCAGCCAGUUCACUUCGUUUCUGACUCUGAUCGAGCCGGCGCUGGCCAAGUCGAACAUCAAAUUCCUGCGGCUCGACGGCACCAUGGCGCAAAAGGCCCGCGCGGCCGUGUUGAACGAAUUUCAGGAAGCCAACCAGUUUACCAUUUUGCUUCUGAGUCUUCGCGCUGGCGGUGUCGGGCUCAACCUGACGACCGCCAAGCGCGUGUACAUGAUGGAUCCGUGGUGGAGUUUUGCCAUUGAGGCGCAGGCCAUUGACCGCGUGCAUCGCAUGGGUCAAGAGGACGAAGUCAAGGUGUAUCGCUUUAUUGUCGAGCAAAGUGUGGAGGAGAGGAUGCUCAAGGUGCAGGAGCGGAAGAAGUUUUUGGCAACGUCUCUCGGCAUGAUGAGCGACGAAGAGAAGAAGCACCAGCGGAUCGAGGACAUCAAGGCCCUCCUCGACUACGAAGUCACGUCGCAUUAA